AUGCCUGCGCUACCGGCAACAGACAGUCAGGAUGGCAGCAACGUCCAGGAAGCACAAGCCUGUGGUGAACGCGAAAUUCCCGGGCCGCGGACUCAAAGACCUCUGACUCGAGAACAAGCUUCUGGCCACACAGGGGUUCGAUACUCCGUCGCUCAACGAGUCCAGACGCUGACAUUACUAUCGGUCGGAUUUUCGCCGCAACAAGUUGAGAACUUGAUUCGAGUGCCAGCCACGCAGGCCAGGAGGAUUUUCGAAAAGGCAACAAAGCGUGGUUAUCGUCCGCAGGAGGAUCUUCGAAUUCUUGAUCAUUACGUUGAAGAUGGAGUGAGGACAGGGAGACCUAAGAAAGAUACUAACGGGGUUGAACAACCUACGGACAUGAAUGACGAGGUCGAUCGGCGGGUUCUGGCGCUCGUUGAAGAGGACAGCAGCCCUGGAGAUCAGGUGGAGAGAAAUCCAGCUCGGUAG